AUGUUCGGCGGUGGAAUGUGUCAAGAUUUAUCGACUCAAUGUGCUGUCAUGGCGUCCACUGGUCAAUGUGCGAUGAAUCCAUCGAUUCAGAGGAUUUGUCCAUUGUCUUGUGGCACUUGUGCUAGUACUCUUCUGGGAUACGGUGGUCUUGGAUAUGGAUACGGUGGAUAUGGUGGUCUUGGAUACGGUGGAAUGAACUCUCUCUAUGGAAUGAACUCUCUGUAUGGACGGGGACUCUACAGCCCGUCUUCUGGCCUUUACGGAUCGAAUCUUUAUGGCCUUUACGGAAAUCCCCUUCUCGGAUACGGGCGAUCGAUUUAUGAGACUGGUUUACUCCGAAGUCCCGAGAAAACGACGACCAUCUAUCCGAUGAGUGAAAAAGAGCAAAAUAAAGAAGUUGAGCGUUUGUACGCCUCGAAAUUGGAGGAACGAGAUGGGGCGAGAUUGAGGGAAAUGCUUCUACCGGCAAGAAGUAAAUUCAUU